CAGGCUGACCCAGCUGAGUCCCCAGCCCAGUCCCAGGAGCUCCUGGGCCGGGAACCAUGCGCUGUCUGGGGUGCUGCUCCCUAGCGGGGCUCACACUGGGGGUGUGCUCAGGACGCCCAGAGAGAAAGCCCUCCAGAGGCCAGCAGCUCUCCAUGACCUCCAAGGGAUCAGCAGGCCCACACAUCUCGAACCCUUUGGUGUAAAGCUGGGCCCUUCAAAAGUCCGCAUCAGGGGGACCCGUGCCAGCCUCGUCCCCUUCUUCUAAGGGAGAACACUAUUCGGGCCACAUCUCUGGGAAAGGGGUCCAGUAAACUCUGCAGAACUCGGAACACACCAUCAUCCACACCCAGGUAAGAGAUGAAGCUAAGCUGGCCUCAGGUCACCUAGAAGGUGGCUAGGACAAUUUGAAGGGAAUCAGCUGCAGGGCAAUGAGAGACUGGCAGGCUGUGGAGAGAAGACAGGAGAAGGGAGAACGCGGGCAGUGAGGGAACAGUGAGGCUGGUCAGGGCAAGCUCGGGCUGACGCUGCAGGACUGUGCUGCAAAUGCAACCAACCUCGCACGGGAAGCACUAGAAGAAAACCGCGUCUCUACUAAACAUGUACGGGGUACACGAUAGAAGGACAAAAUGCCAUAGCGCUUACACUGCAUUAAAAUUGUAAGUAAUCUAGAGAUUCCUAAAACUAUUUGCAGAGGGGGCAUGCCAAUGCUACAUUUGGUGCAAGGGCUCUGAGUUCAUGGCGGUUCAGGUUCAGGGACCUGAUCCCAAGCCUGGAGUAGCUCCCCGUGGAUGCUGAGUCAUGACUGUAUUGGUUUGAAGCCCAGAAAUUCAAGAACAUCCUGAGUAUCUGGCAAAGAGUUCCUUAUUUAACUAUCACUCUCAAAUUUGUUCACCUGGGCCCCAUCGUUUCAUAGUCAAAAUUGUUAAACAUUGUGACCAACGUGACAGAAACAUAUCUUUGUCACGUGCCAAACAAGUCUUUUCUGACUGAGACACAUGAAGGCUGUGACUGGCAGUGCUUAGGCCAGGACUGGCAGUGUGGAGGGCACUAUUUAACCAGCACCUCCCAUGGGUGGGGCUUUUGUGCUCAUAUGUGAGUAGUCGGAAGGAACAGAAGAAAAACAUCUAAUGUAACCCAAUGAAUCACUGAAGCGAGCUACCAGCUGCCCGCUGGAGAGACAGCUUUCAAGGAAGGUCCAGCACUGUUGCAGAAUUUGGAAAAGACCGCUUUGCAGAAGCAGCUCAAAGCCACAGACACAAAGGGAGCUGUGUGGCGUCAGCCCCCUGGUGUCUAGCCUUGGCCCUGAGACUCGGUGACUUCAGGGAGUGCCCAGGACAACAGUGAUCACCGCAUCAAGCAGAGGUGCCAAUUAGAAGAACUUUCCCGGGAAAAAUUCAGCCUCUAGUGAAUAGUACCGAAUAACUACAACUUCUGCAAAGUAGUUCACUUGGGAACUAAUUAGAAGUUUUUCUCCACAAGUAAUGAAUCACUUUCUUAACUGUUCUGUUGACAAAUGUAAUACAUGCUAACUGUAAUCACACACACACACACACACACACACACACACACACACACACGAGUUUGGAAAGGAAAAGCCAGAUGAUUUCACACACAUCUGUCAUCACACGACUCAGAGGGUGGAGGCAGGAGGAUCCCAGUGAGUUCAAGGCCAACCUGGGCUACAAAGUGACUUCAAGGCCAGCCAAAAGUGCAUAGUGGAGGAACAAAGAAAGAAAGUAAAACUCAACUGCUAUUUCAUCAUUAAAAGUAACCACACUGAAAGUGUGGCAUAUUUGUGGAUAAAUAAGCCAAUUCCUGCUUACUACUUUAAACAACGAUUGGAACGUGAUACCCAAGGCAUGUUUUUGGUUAUCAUCAUUCUAUUGUUAGUGGUUUAGGAAAGACUUCAGCUAUCCAGAUGGCCAAAUAAGUUCCCGGAAAUUUUCUUUCAGUAUGUUUGGUUUGAUCCUACAUAUUUCGUGAACACGUUGUAAACCAUUCAUAUACAAAGAACCCUUCCUGUGUAUAGUAGUCCUUUAGACACUUCUUUCAUGCUUCUACUGAGAUACACAACAAGAGCUGAACAAGUCCGUGUUGAUCGCCCAUCCUGUUUCGAUUCACUCAACAGUGAUUAUUCGCAUCUCAAACUUACCCAAGAGCGGCUGUUCCGGACACACCCCUGGGUGGGCACCACCAGGAAGCUGCACUCCUGACUGCACGCCCGGGCCUGGAGAGUAUGGGGCUGGGCUUGGCCACAGCCACUUCCUCCCCAAGAACCCGGUUGGGGGGCAUUGGUUGGAGGCAGGGACCAUGGGCCAGCACAGCGCCCAAGGCCUGGCUCCCCCUGUGGGCGUUACAGGUCCAGCAGCUCCAAGAGGCGUCCAGAUCCCAGACAGGGCCUCUUCCCCACCACGCCCAGCCCCGUCCCGUCCUGCACAGUCCAGCACCAGGCAUUCACACAAGAAACGGCUUUGAUGCUCCUAACCUGCCAGGCCUUGUCCUGUGCCAUCCCACCCAGCGGCUCCGGAGGGCCCCAUAGAUUUUGCCACUACAGAGCAUGACCUCUGGAACUCCUCAGUGCCCGGUAACCCAAGGGCAUCUCUGGACCCAAGGGCUGAGCCAGCUUGGAGGGGACCCCACGCCUGAAGGUCCAUUGCGCAUGGGCACUGGGCGUGGGGGGGGGCGUUCUGGACGGGGCUCUGUGAGGAAAGCCCCGUUGCCUGGCAACCAAAGAGCAGUUUAGGCCUGAAGGCCAGUUUGGCGGGAAAUCCGCUCGCGCGCGCAUGAGCGCACGCACACGUACGCACGCACACACGCACACAUACACGAGAGCCACCUUGCGCAGGCGCUAUAGGCAUCACCAGGUGCAUUGUGGGCGGUGAAAGGGGCGGAGCUUCACAGAGGCCUACUUGAUCCGGUAUAAAUAAUCCAGGCAGCGUCUGAGGAAAAAGGUCCGGCAGCCAUGCAGUCCUCUGGCGGUGCUGAGGGCGGAGCAGACGGCCACAGGAGUGACCAGGGUGGCGCAGGUGUCUCCGGGGACGAGGGAGCCUACGCUGCAACCAUUUUGCGGAUCGUCCAGAUACCCCAUGGCCCGUGGCCCUUUGGGGACAUUGUGCUCUUGGUCAGCAGGACAGGGACCGGUCUACAUGAAUUCAAGGUCAGGGUGCCUUUCUGGUCCUCCCUGGAGGCUGAGGUCAGCCUAAGGUACCUGGCUGAUUUCGGGGAGAGCCCUGACCUUCACCGGGUGCUCACCAGGGACCGCAGCGUCCUGACUGUGAGAUGGGUCGCCCAGGACCGUGGCCACCUCCAGAUAGUGUUCACCCAGUUCCUGGAGGAACUUGCCCUGCUCUUGCGGAUCCUGCAGCGCUUGAAGCCCUUGUUUCCGUCCUCUUCUCUUCUGGCAAAAGGGGGCUGAAGCCCAUACCACAUUGAGCGUGUGGCACUGAAAAAAAUAAAGCUGAGCAACCUUUC